GUUUCCGGCCGCGGCCGUGUCCCCGGAGGGACGGCGGGGCCCGGGCGGUGACAGCGGCGGUGCCACCGGGCAGGGCCGGGCCGGGCCGGGCACAGCCACCGCCGCUCCCCGGGCCGGGCCGCCGCUCCCCGGGCCGCCCGGGGUCACCUGCAUGGGCGGGCGGGAGCGCGCGGCGCUGCCCGGGGCCUGCUGAGGCGGCGGCGGCGAAGCGCCGGGAGCGGGACCGGGAGCGAUGUUCGUGCAGGAGGAGAAGAUCUUUGCGGGGAAGGUGCUGAGGCUCCAUGUGUGCACCAUGGAGGGCGCCGAGUGGCUGGAGGAGGUGGCCGAGGACACCACGGUGGAGAAGCUGAAGGAGCGGUGCCUGAAGCACUGCCUUCCUGGGAGCUUGGAGGAUCCCAAAACUGUGACACAUCAUAAGCUGAUCCAUGCUACUUCUGAGAAGGUGCUGACAGACACAAAAACAGUGCUGGAGGAGAACAUUCAGGACAGAGAUGUGUUGCUGCUGGUCAAGAAGCGUGCACCAACGCUGCUGCCCAAGAUGUCAGAUGUGGUUGCAGAGGAGAAAAGGAAGCAGGAGCAGAAGGCUCCUGACAAGGAUGCCAUCCUCAAAGCCACUGCCAACCUUCCUGCCCGCAGCGUGGACCGCAGCGUGAGCCACCACAACAUGAGGGAUUUCCAGACAGAGCUCCGGAAGAUUUUAGUGUCUCUCAUAGAAGUUGCACAGAAAUUGCUAGCACUGAACCCCGAUGCAGUUGAGCUGUUUAAGAAGGCAAAUGCCAUGCUGGAUGAGGACGAGGAGGACAGGGUGGACGAGAUCGCGCUGCGCCAGCUCACCGAGAUGGGCUUCCCCGAGAGCAGAGCUGUCAAAGCCCUCCGCCUGAACCACAUGUCCGUCACCCAGGCCAUGGAGUGGUUGAUAGAACACGCUGAUGACCCUUCUGUGGAUGCUCCUCUGCCAGGUUCUGCUCCUGCAGAAGCCCCAGCUGAAGGUGCUGCCUCCUCUGCUGAGGCAGCUGCGGGUCCCAGCUCAGAGGAGGGCGGGGAGGAGGCCAAGGAUGAGCUGACGGAAAUCUUCAAGAAGAUCCGGAGGAAAAGAGAGUUCCGUCCUGACCCACGGGCUGUCAUUGCCCUGAUGGAGAUGGGAUUUGAUGAAAAGGAAGUGGUGGAUGCACUCAGAGUGAACAACAACCAGCAAAAUGCAGCUUGUGAGUGGCUGCUGGGAGACAGAAAACCUUCUCCAGAGGACUUAGAUAAGGGCAUUGACACCAACAGUCCUCUCUUCCAAGCCAUCUUAGAAAACCCAGUGGUACAAUUAGGGCUCACCAACCCUAAAACUCUACUAGCCUUCGAGGAUAUGCUUGAAAACCCCUUGAACAGCACUCAGUGGAUGAACGAUCCCGAAACGGGGCCGGUGAUGUUACAGAUCUCCCGAAUCUUCCAGACACUGAAUCGCACGUAGAGGGAGCUGCCAGUGCACUGUGCCACUUCCCCCUGGCCCUCACUCCCCCUCCACCUCCACGGGAGGCUGCCUGGAUGGCUGGGAAGGGGUGGAUGGAAGGGAGGGAGGGAGGGAAAGGAGGAGAUCCUGGCUGGAGGGGUCUCUCGCACGAGAGCUUUCGUAGUUACGGCCAACAGGAGUGAGUUGCCUUGUGGAUUUAGUGUUAGUGGAAGAGGUUUGAGGAUUUGUUUAUGUUUUCAGGUAUUAGGUUUAAAAUAAAGUAUAUAUAUUAAAAAAAAAAAAAAUAGGAAAAAGGUUUUGUGAAAACGCUUAAGAAUCUGAUUGUUGGAAAGAAAUACUGCUCGUUCAAAAGGCCUGUGACAGUUUUCUGGCCAGUUUUGCUAGGUUCUGGCUGGUGUUUACAAAAGGUCACUGACCACUAGCAUAGGAUAUCAAUCAUCUCCAUACAGUAUUAAUUUAUAGCUCUUAUCAAAUUGCAAAACUGCUUUUUACAAAAAAAAAAAUGAUUCUUAGGAAAUGUUUUUUAAAAGCCCAAAUCUUGGGAGAGCAAGCACAUUUCUAUUCAAGCUUGUUUAUCUGGCAUUCUAAUUUAAGCAGAAUCAUUCAGAGAUGGAAUUCUAAUAAAUAGCAUUACUUUUUCCUA